AGUUGCAUGCUCCUGGGGGACAGGAGAUCCUCCUUGCAUCAUCCGUUACUCCGAUGGUCCGAUGUACGGCUUGAAGCAAACAUUUCCAACCAAAGAAUAUUAUAACACUGGUGACCUACCGAUGGAUCAGGAUCAGUUCGAUCCGAUAUGGAGGAACUUGACAGAGGAGCUGGCAGCGAGGGCUUCGAUGGGGACGUCAGAUCUCAAGUUCGCAACAGGGAGACGGUGUUGCCGAACUUCCAGACCAUGUUCGCGCUGUUGCAGUGCAGCCCCGAUUUGUCUCCACUUGAUUGCCAGAGUUGCCUGUGGGAAUGCAUAAAUGAUUAUCAAAGAUGCUGCCACGGAAAACAAGGUGGUGGUGUUAAUAAGCCGAGCUGCAUAUUCCGAUGGGACUUGUACCCAUUUUUCGAGUCUGAUCCCGGCAAUCCUCCAUCUUCUCCGCCACCACCAGCUCCGGUCGCCAAGGCCAACCCUCCUGCUCCUCCACCUGCACAUGCCCAAGUCACCAACGGUGGAAAGAGCAAUUGGACGAGGACUGUGAUCAUUGCAGUCACCACAAGUGUUUCUGGGUUACUUGUUACAGGCGUUGUCGUACUCCUGAUGGUGAGAAGGAAGAAGAAGCAGCAGGCCAGACAAAGAGUUGAAGGUGAAGUUGAGGAUGAAAUUAGCACGGUUGAGUCGCUGCAAUUUGAUUUCGGUACUAUCAGAGCGGCAACGGAUGACUUCUCUAAUACCAAGAAGCUUGGACAAGGAGGUUUUGGUGCUGUUUACAGGGGUCGGCUCUCCAACGGACAGGAAAUCGCAGUGAAACGGCUGUCACAGAAUUCUGGUCAAGGAGAAACAGAAUUCAAGAAUGAGGUCAUGUUACUAGCUAGGCUACAACAUAGGAACUUGGUCAGGCUCCUUGGUUUCUGUCUGGAAGGAGUUGAACGGCUUCUCAUUUAUGAGUUUGUGCCCAAUUCAAGCCUCGAUCAGUUCAUAUUCGAUUCCCUGAAGCGUGCGAAUCUCGACUGGAAUACGCGUCACAAGAUAAUAAUGGGUGUUGCUCGAGGGCUGCUCUACCUACACGAAGGCUCUCGGCUUCGUAUCAUCCAUCGAGACCUCAAAGCCGGCAACAUUUUGUUGGACUCAGAUAUGAAUCCUAAAAUAUCGGAUUUCGGUAUGGCGAGGCUGUUUGAGCUGGACCAAAGUCAGGCCGAGACAAACCGGAUCGUGGGGACCUACGGAUAUAUGCCGCCGGAGUAUGCAAUGCGUGGAAACUUCUCGGUCAAGUCCGAUGUCUUCAGUUUUGGAGUGCUGGUUUUAGAGAUUGUGAGUGGUCAGAGGAACAAUCUUUUCCGCGUGGGUGAUGACACGGAGGUCCUUAUAGGCUAUGUUUGGAAGAGUUGGAGGGAUGGAACAAUAUCAAACAUCAUUGAUUCCUCUUUAACUUCUGGUUCAAGUACCGAAAUCGCAAGGUGCAUCCAAAUUGGUCUACUAUGUGUCCAAGAAAACAUGGCUAACCGGCCAACGAUGACCUCGGUCCUUCUGAUGCUUAACAGCCACUCGUUCAGUCUCCAAGUGCCGUCGCAACCCGCAUUCUUCAUCCACGGGGGUGCUGAAUUGGAUAUGCCAUCCACACAAGAUAACAGUUCGAGGGUACAUGGGGUCUCAAAAAACGAGGUCUCUAUGACCGAGCUAUAUCCUCGGUAGCCUUGAAAAAACGGGAGAUCAGCAUGCGCUGCGCACUACUUUUCGUGUUAUGUCAUGGUUUUCAGAUCAUCAA